CUCUGUAUUCACCCAUUCAGCUUUCUAAUUUUAUUUAAAUUUAUUUUUUUGAAUUGGAUUUACAAGAAAUAAAUAUUACAUAAAUUAAUAAUUUUUAAAUUAAGUGAUAUAAAUUGGAUGGAUCAGGAUCCAAUUUAAUUUUUAGCUUAUUUCAAUUUAAAAUAAAUUUGAGUGAACAACACUCAAUUUAAUAUCAAAUUCAACUUAUUUAAUAUCUUUCAAUCUCAAAUGUCAUUUGAGACCCUGAUUUGGGUGCGUGAUGUGACAAAAGGAAUUUAAAUAUCAAUUGAGGUACUAUUUUUAUUAAACUAAAUUUACACAAUUUGGCUCCAAGAAUCAAGAAAGCCGGAAACUAUGGUUUGGUGUUAAUCAAAAUGUUCCUGUGUGUUGUCAGAAACACAACACUUGUUGGAAUUCAUACAAUUUCCUCCGCCAAAAUGCCAAGUUCAGUCAAACAAGAACCCCCCUCUGAGAAAAACCCAGGUGGAAGCUCAGUUCCUGAACUUCGUGUUUUCGUCCGGAAAAAGAGAGUUAAAAAGACUCUGGAAGUCAUUGCCAAAGAGGUCAAGGAAGAAUCUUCUGGCAGAAAUCUUGUUGGACUGCCUGAUAUAGAGGAUUUUGCCUAUUCAAAGGACAUUACACGUUCCCAGUCAACACAUGCCAAAACUCUUCGUUUGACAGGAGAAAAAUCUCUAUCCCAGUCGACACAAACAGAAAUCAAAGGCUUCAGUCUAUCUGAUCCACUACAGCCACCUUCAAACUGGGAAAAAGUCCUUGAAGGAAUCCGCAAGAUGAGAUCUGCAGAAGAUGCACCUGUAGACUCCAUGGGUUGUGAAAAAGCCGGCAGUUUUCUUCCUGCCAAGGAAAGAAGAUUUGCAGUCCUUGUAUCAUCACUCCUGUCAAGCCAGACCAAAGAUCAAGUUAAUCAUGGAGCUAUCCAGCGUCUCCUUCAAAAUGGCUUGCUUGCUGCAGAUGCCAUUGACUCAGCAAAUGAAGAAACAAUCAAGAGUUUGAUAUAUCCAGUGGGGUUUUACACGCGAAAGGCUAGCAACCUGAAAAAAGUAGCAAAAAUUUGUCUUUCAAAAUACGAUGGGGACAUCCCUAGUUCUCUUGAAGAAUUGCUUCUGCUCCCAGGAAUUGGCCCUAAGAUGGCUCAUCUAGUUAUGAAUGUUGCAUGGGAAAAUGUUCAAGGAAUAUGUGUAGAUACUCAUGUGCAUCGUAUUUCAAAUCGGCUUGGAUGGGUAUCACGUCCCGGAACAAAGCAGAAAACGAGAACCCCUGAGGAGACUAGGGAGUCCUUGCAACUUUGGCUUCCAAAGGAAGAAUGGGUGCCAAUCAAUCCUCUCUUGGUUGGGUUUGGUCAGACCAUAUGUACUCCCUUGAGACCACGUUGUGCAAUCUGUGCGGUAAGUGAUCUCUGCCCAUCCGCAUUCAAAGAGGCGGCAAGCCCAUCUUCCACACCCAAAAAGUGACAUUUGAUGGAAUUUCAACAAGUUUUGCAGUGAGGGUGCAGUUUUCUCUGUCAUUUCUCCCAUAACAUUGUCAUUUGUAACUCCAACAAUAGACAACUUCUGUGCUUUUAGCUCAUAUUUUAUUUCGACCAUAUAAAUAUCCGUGCUUUUUCUUUCUGUUUGAUGGGCUGGAAAGAAAAAGGCUAUUGGUUUUGUUUGGUGGGAGCAUGUGGAUAAGUUGAAAAACUGGUAAUACAUAUUGUAACAUUAGACAUCGAACGAGGUAGUAAGAUCAUGUUUUUGGUUUGAUAUCAAGGGAGAGUUAUUCCAAGCUA